AUAAGAUAUGAAAAAAAAUAAUUAUAUUGGCACUCAAAAUAUAAAUAUUAAACUUGAAAAUAUAGAACAAAAUAUAUUGCCAGUUACUAAUAUAUAUGGGGAGAAUUUUGAUAACACUCAUCCAAUCUUAAGAAAUCUCUAUCAAAAUCAAAUUCGAGAAUCUGAAAAUCAUCGAAGAUUACAAACACCAUCCAUAUCUUCUGGUACAUUAAUUAACAAGUGCCCUUACAUGAAAGAUUUGAUGGUCAAAUCGAUAUCCACCAUCGCUUCUUCUUCCCAUGGCAAAUAUGGUUAUGUUUCUACGAGUUAUUUUACCCCUUCCAUUUGUUAUCAUUGCAACCCAUUUCACAAUGUUCAUCAAAAGUGCGACCCCUCGCCUGGAUAUCACACUUUCAAUGCGACUCUGCUCAACAGAUAUUCUCCUAACUUGCUUCCACUUACUUCUAACUCCUCGAGGAGACCUUGGGAUCAGCAUUACGUUACAAAUCCCAACAUUUUUCAAACGUCAAUUCAUACUAACUCUUCCAAGGAAGGCUUUAGGAAUUAUAGAAAUCACGAGUCUAACUUUACUGCCAUUAAUCCGACCACUGCCCAUCAACUUGUGCCUUCUUCUGAUCUCGCUCACCACUCAUUUUAUAACCCUGGUUAUUUGAAUACUACUUACCCCUCUUUUCAUGUGUCAUCCUUAACGUCAUUAUCUUGUUCUUCGGCUUAUAACCUUACCACCGCAUCCAGUUUUAAAGGAUCGAAUAACAACAACAUUCCUGAAUAUCUGAUUCAUCCACAUGGACACAACGCGGUGCAAAUUACCAACGGAAUGAUGGUUAGGCCAAUUCUUUAUUCGAGUGACGAUAACCUUACGCUUCGUGUACCAUGUCCUCCUAUCCAUGUCCUGCCUUGUCAUCAAAGACUCAACUCUCCCCAUAUUGCUUUAUCGCAGGACAGGUGUAGUGCUAUUCAUUGCCCAGUGGUUGGAUCAGCAAAUAUUGACGAGGUUUUCCGGGGGGUAAGGAGAAAUAUCCCUUCAUCUAUAAAUAAUUUCCAUACCGUAACCUUUUUCCAAAAUUUUCUGGAAAAUUCAACAUCCAUUCUCAACGAAAUAACCUUGGUGCCUAGCAAUCAAUCAUUGAACGAAGGCGCAACUGAUAGUCUUAUUAAGAAAUAUACCCUGGAAUAUAGAUUCAAACGGCCCUCCGUUGGUUAUGAAUUAAAUGAAAAGACUAAGAGGAAAUGUUCGAUUAAAGAACCUAAAAAUGAAAGUGAAGAUAUUAAAUAUUCGCCUAAUGUUAUAUCGAUUAAAGAGGAAAUAACCGAUUGUCAAGCAGAUGAAAUGCCCUUGUCCCCUGUAGAUGCAUUUCUAACUGACGAUGGUAUUUCAAUCUCAGUUGAUGCAAAAGAAUUAACUCAUUUGGCUCCAAAGUCCCACGAAGAAAAUUGUGUUAUAUGUUUAAGCGAAUUCGAGAUCGGCAAUUCCGUCAGGAGGCUACCUUGUUUCCAUUUAUAUCACGCUGUUUGCGUAGAUAAGUGGCUUAAACUCAAAAAGAGGUGUCCUAUAUGUAGGCUCGCAAUAGAUUUUAACAACUAUAAGUCAAUCAUUUAACUAUCACAUUUUUUUAUAAAAUCUGCUUACUUACCCUUCCUUUCUUUUUAUCGACUACCAUUUUAUUUAAAAACUUAUAUUAACUUUUAAUUAGUUAAGACAUUUACUGAAAUCAAACUUUAAAUAUCUGAUCUAUAUGCGACAUAUUUAUAAAUGCCUGUUUUAAAG